AUGGCGACCGCAGUGGCUCAGGGAACUGCUGGCAAUAACUCUUUCAAGGACAAGGAGAAGCCUAUGGCCGUGCGGGCCUCCAACAUUCUUGCAGCUCGAGCUGUCGCCGAUGCUAUUCGUACAUCAUUGGGACCCAGGGGUAUGGACAAGAUGAUCCAAACACCCAAGGGAAACACUAUUAUUACCAACGACGGCAACACCAUGUUGAAGGAUAUGAGCGUGAUGCACCCCGCUGCUCGCAUGCUGGUCGACCUGAGUGCUGCGCAGGAUGUGGAGGCUGGUGAUGGAACAACCUCGGUUGUGGUUAUUGCUGGUAGCUUGCUCGGUGCCGCUGAGCGUCUGCUGUCUAAAGGCAUUCACCCCACUGUCAUCGCCGAGUCCUUCCAGCGUGCCGCCAACGCUUCUGUAGAGAUCCUCCACAACAUGUCCCGCCCUAUUAACUUGACCGACCGCAAUACCCUCCUCCAAGCCGCCUCGACCUCCCUCUCCUCGAAGAUUGUCUCCCAGCACUCUGGCUUGCUGGGCCCCAUGGCCGUCGACUCUGUGUUGAAGAUUGUCGACCCCAAGACUGCCGAAAAUGUCGACUUGCGAAACAUUCGGAUAGUCAAGAAGGUCGGCGGUACCAUUGAGGAUAGUGAAAUGAUUGAUGGUCUGGUCUUGAACCAGCCCGUUAUCAAGAACAGCGGAGGCCCCACAAGAAUCGAGAAGGCCCGGAUUGGUCUUAUUCAAUUCCAGCUCAGCCCUCCUAAGCCGGAUAUGGAAAACCAAAUUGUCGUGAACGAUUACCGCCAGAUGGACAAGAUUCUGAAGGAGGAGCGCCAAUACUUGCUUAACAUGGUUAAGAAGAUCCAAAAGACCAAGUGUAACGUUCUUUUGAUCCAAAAGUCGAUUCUCCGUGACGCCGUCAACGAGCUUUCCCUGCACUUCCUUUCUCGCCUUAAGAUUUUGGCUAUCAAGGAUAUCGAGCGUGAUGAGGUUGAGUUCCUGUGCAAGUCUCUUGGCUGCAAGCCCGUCGCCAAUGUCGAUUCUUUCACCGAGGAUAAGCUUGGUACCGCUGAUCUUAUUGAGGAGGUCCAGGCAUCUGGUGCUCGUUACGUUAAGAUCACUGGCAUCAAGACCCCCACCACUACCCCCAUCAACCAGACCGUCUCCAUCGUCGCUCGCGGUGCCAACAGUCUUAUUUUGGACGAGGCUGAGCGCUCUCUGCACGAUGCUCUUUGCGUCAUUCGCUGUCUCGUUAAGAAGCGCGCCAUGAUUGCUGGUGGUGGUGCUCCCGAGAUCGAGGUGUCACAGUCUCUCGCCAAGCAGGCCCGUGAACUCACUGGAACCGAGUCUAUCUGCUGGAAGGCGUUCGCCGAUGCGCUGGAGGUUAUCCCAACCACCCUGGCCGAGAACGCUGGUUUGAACUCUAUUAAGGUUGUUACUGAGCUGCGUCACCGUCACGCCCAAGGCCAGCGCAAUGCUGGUGUCAGCAUCCGCAGCGGAGGUGUCAAGGACGACAUCACUGAGGAGAACAUCCUGCAGCCCCUGCUGGUCAGCACUAGUGCUAUUGAGCUGGCUGCUGAGACUGUGAAGAUGAUCAUGAGAAUUGACGACAUUGCUCUGUCGCGGUAA